AUGACGUUUUCUCACAUUGCAAUCAGGUCAAACGCUGGGGAAACCAUGGCCUGGUCUGAGUCUGUGGAUACAAUACUAGCUAAUAAAGAUGGCUUGGCAGCUUUUAGGACAUUUUUAAAGUCAGAGUUCAGUGAGGAGAAUGUGGAGUUCUGGCUGGCCUGUGAGGACUUCAAGAAAACUAAGUCCUCUGCUAAGAUCGCCUCAAAAGCCCAAAAGAUUUAUUCUGACUUUAUACAAGCUGAUGCUCCAAAGGAGAUUAAUAUUGACUUCCAAACUAAAAUCCACAUCUCUCAGAAUAUCUCCGAGCCCACUCUCAGUUGCUUUGAUGAUGCUCAGAGGUUAGUCUAUAGUCUCAUGGCAAAGGACUCUUUUCCCAGGUUUCUAAGGUCAGAAGUUUACUCUCACACUUUAUGUAGCUCUCUCUGCAGUGACAAUGACAUACCACAUUGA